GUUGGUUAAAUUGAUGUCAAACGCUUUUGACAGUCACCAAAAAAAAGUGAGGAGCUACAGAACAGAGCAGCGGAGAGCCCAAUAAUGGAGCCACAAGAGAUCAGAGAAGGAUAUCUUGUUAAAAAGGGUACAGUGCUGAACUCCUGGAGUGCAGUGUGGGUGGUGCUGUCAGAAGAUGGUUUGGAUUACUAUAAAAAGAAAACAGAUCGUUCACCGAAAGGGAUGAUCCCACUGAAAGGAGCAACACUCGUCAGCCCCUGUCAGGAUUUUAACAAGAGAAUGCUGGUUUUCAAGAUUACUACAGAGAAGAAACAAGAUCACUUCUUUCAAGCUUCACAUGUGGAGGAGAGAGAACUUUGGGUCAAAGACAUCAAGAGAUCCAUAACCUGUUUGAAAGAUGGCAAAAAGUUUGCCAGGAAGUCUACCAGGCGUUCCAUUCGCCUACCAGACAAAGUCAACCUUGCUGAGCUGUACAUGCUGAUGAAAGACCAGGACGAGGGAGUGAAGGAACUAAAACUCGAACAAGAUAAUCGGAUUUUCAACCACUGCUUCACGGGUGCGACAGUGGUAGAGUGGCUGAUUUCGAAAGGGAAGGCGAGAAAUAGCUCUGAAGCACUCAUGUUAGCAGCGGGGCUUCUAAAUGAAGGCUUUCUUCAGCCUGCGGAUGACCUGUCAAAAGAGGGAGCAGAGGGUGGAGAGCAAACAACCUUCUUAGAUCAGACAAAAGCUCUGUACUACUUUGCCGAUAGUGGAUUCUUUUGUGAGGGCUACUCCAGCGAUGAAGAUGUUCUUCUGAAGGAAGAAUUCAGGGGAAAUAUUGUAAAACAAGGCUGCUUGCUCAAACAGGGACACAGAAGAAAAAACUGGAAGGUACGAAAGUUUAUACUUCGAGAUGACCCUGCUUAUAUGCACUAUUAUGAUCCUUCAAAGGGAGAUGACCCCCUGGGCUCAAUACAUCUCAGAGGUGCUGUGGUUACAGCUGUUGAGUAUGUGCCUGAUGCCAAAAAGUAUGACAUUGAUGGCAACCUUUUUGAGAUCAUCACCUCAGAUGAGACUCACUAUUUCCUGCAAGCUGCAACAGCUGAAGAGAGAAAGGAAUGGAUCAAAGCAGUACAGGUGGUGUCAAAAAGUGGAAAGUAACAAAAGUGGUGGAUCAACAAGGGAGUAUCUGUCAGCCACUGCUGUGUUGAACUUGAUAUACUAUCAAACUUUUCUGGUGUUGUCUUUUAUUGUGGAACAACUUCAAUAUUUCAUUUUUAUACUCACAUAUGUUAAUACAUUCAAUGCUAUACUAAUCACAGUUUAUUUAAGAGCAACAUUUUUUGUAAAUAUAUUAAUAUUGGAUUAAUACACUGAAAGGAUCUGUAUGUGUGGCUGCAUACUUUACAAUAACAAGGAUGCUUCCAUUUUUAUUGAAGGGUAUAUUGUUGUUCUUUCUUUCAAUAAAUGCAUAUAUUGAAAUAAGUUGGUUUGAAAAACAGGAAGGUAACUGUUUUCAAAGCCAGUCUCACACAUACAAUAGUUGCUGCAUGACAGAAUUUUGCAUGCAAUGACAAGGAUAAUGGUGCUUUGUAAGACGAGCAAACUGUUUUUUAAGCUUGUAAUUCUUUCACAUAUAUUUUUUCUUACAAAGGUUUCUGGUAUCAUGCAAAUUCUCAGCUCCUGAGUGUGAAUAAAGUAUGCAUUGCAUUCUGUCUGCAAAGU